AUGGAAAGAUACGGUCUUAUCACCAGCAUCGUGGGAAGAGCGGAGAAGGAAAAUUCACCCCCGGAAAAUGGCCUCCAGCAGCGGGGAAAAUCCUCCUCGUCGCCGUUGCACCCGCUGCAAAAAUGCAGUCCGACGAGACCGACGACGACGGAUCAGCUCGUGAGUAUCCUCGAGGAAAACGGCGGAAGGACCGAUGGUCCUUCGAGCAGGAAACCGAUUUGCCUGGAGUCCAAGCCGCCUCGACGACGAGAGUCAAACCCGAUCGGAAACAUCCUCCAGGUCCAUCUUCAACGCGGCGGAGAAAUCGCGGCGAAAUACGGAGGCGUUGGAAGCUCCGCUGGCAAACAGAAGAUACCGAGACCCGCCAACGCCUUCAUGCUCUUCGCUAACGAGUGGCGGAAAAAAUUGGCCAUACAAAAUCCUAGGGAGUCGAACAAGGACAUCAGUGUCAGGUUGGGCGUCUUGUGGAAGAACAUGGCCAAGGGGAUCAAGGAGAAAUAUUUCGCCCUGGCGCGGGAAGUCGAUGCGGAGCACAAGCGGAAGUAUCCCGGUGAGAAAUUGCGCGCCUAA